AUGCUUUGGUUUACAGAAUUUUCCGCCUUCUUCUCCGCUGCUUUAGCGGUGAUCCUCCUCUCUCCAUCACUUCAGUCGUUUUCUCCGGCGGCUGCAAUCCGAUCAUCCCAUCUCGACGCUUACUUCAGACCAUCACCCUCCGACCACUCCCCCCGCAACUUCUCAUACAGAGAAUCUCCAAUACUCCUUAAUGCAGACCAAUGCAGAUUCGAAUUCUCCGACACUGAUUCCGGCGUCUGCAACCCUUCUUACGUCCACGUGGCAAUCACUCUCGACUUCCUCUACCUCCGCGGCUCCAUCGCAGCCGUGAACUCCAUCCUCCAACACUCAUCUUGCCCGGAGAGCAUCUUCUUCCACUUCCUCGUCUCCGAGACAAGCCUCGAAUCCGUGAUCCGAACAACGUUCCCGAAACUGAAUUUAAAAAUUUACUAUUUCGCCCCCGAGAGGGUUCAGUCUUUGAUCGCUCCCUCAGUGAGACAAGCGCUCGAGCAGCCGCUAAACUACGCGAGGAACUACCUCGCGGAGCUGCUCGAGCCUUGUGUCAACCGUGUCAUAUACUUGGACUCGGAUAUCGUCGUUAUCGACGAUAUCGUGAAGCUCUGGGAAACGGGUCUAGGUCCGAGCACGAUCGGGGCUCCGGAGUAUUGCCACGCGAAUUUCACGGAUUAUUUCAACGGUGCGUUUUGGUUCGAUGAGAGGUAUAACGAGACGUUUAAAGGGAGGAAGCCUUGUUACUUCAACACGGGAGUGAUGGUGAUUGAUUUGAAGAAAUGGAGGAGGUUUGGUUACACUAAAACGAUUGAGAAGUGGAUGGAGAUUCAGAAGGUGGAGAGGAUUUAUGAGUUGGGUUCUCUUCCUGCGUAUCUUCUUGUGUUCGCUGGUCACCUUGCUCCGAUUUCGCAUCGGUGGAAUCAGCAUGGACUUGGGGGAGAUAAGGUUAAAGGUAGUUGCCGUGAUAUGCAUGAUGGUCCUGUGAGUUUGCUACAUUGGUCGGGUAGUGGUAAGCCAUGGUCUAGGCUUGAUUCUAAGCUUCCUUGUCCUUUAGACUCAUUGUGGGAACCGUAUGACUUGUAUAUACACUCGCAUUGA